AUGGGCCUGGCGAUCCUCGGACUCCUGGUGUCGGUCCUUUGCCUGACGGCAGACGAGAUCGAGGCCGAGAGGAGCGGUUGGAACGUAAAUCCUGAGACGCAGUAUCAUAUACAGACGGACGAGGGCCCGGAGAGAUACUUUCGCUUUCAGACGCUCAAUGGCCAGUAUCGUAAGGAGAAGCGACUCGAGGAUGGCACCGUCAUCGGCACCGAGGGUUGGCUCGACCCCCUCGGCUACCUCAGGAUUAAGGACUACAUCGCCGACACUAAGGGCUACCGAAUACUCAAAUCGAAGAUGAUCUACGUGGGUAAGGAGAGGCCAAUACAGGAUGCGGUGGCGAUAUCGAAGUCGGUGCCAGCGAGCGGCGGCUCCCUCGUCCGACCCGUCCGGCCGCCCAAUCCCUUUAGGCAACCGGAGCUGAAGGACGUGGCGAGCAACAGCAUCGAGGCCAGUCCCGUGACACCCCUCAGGAGUUCCGCAGCGCCGAUCUUAGUGACGACUCCGAGGCCAAGGCCAUUUGCCUUGACGACGCCCGCGUCUUUUGGCCCCGACUACUCCCAGCCAGACUCCAACUACCUCUCGUCCAGUCACAAGCCCUACCGUGGCUCUUAUCGUCUGAAACAACAGCAACGGCAACAGCAGCAUCAACAGCCGCGGAAGCCGGCCCUCGUCGUGGAACCGCCCUUCCUCAACCAGGACCAGAACCACUUGGUCAGUCGGAGUAGCAGUGCCGCGCGUCUCGCUCCCAACGCCUUCAGAGGCUACCAGCGCUGGAACGGCUCGGGCGGUCGUUUCCCACAGCGACAGAAGCCCGCGACCCGUGAGUACGAGUUCCCAGGGUACGACGGUAACCACGGCACCAAGGACGGCUUCCAAUAUUAUCUCAAGAAGCAAUAUCACGAGGAGGAGCGCACGAGACCCGACAAGAGCAUCGGCUCUUUCGGCUACGUCGAUCCCUUCGGUAUCCGUAGGGUCGUCUACUAUAAGGCCGAUUCUCAAAAUGGCUUCCAGCAUCGAAAGAACAAUCGCUACGUCGGUCACGAUGCCAAGCCCUACGACCCCGUGCCCUUGGUCACGGCCCACUGAACGAGCAACAUUGUGCCAACCGCCGUCCAUUAUAUUCUGUCCAAGCUCACCUCUCGCAGGAAGGAGCUCUCGACGAUCCGAGGACAUUUCGCCAUUUUCCACCACCACCACC